AUGAUGCAUCUGCCAAUGGGAGGACCAGGACGGGGAGGUGCCUGUGAAAGUAAUGAACUUAAAUUUACUAUUGUUCCAACAGGCAGUGCAUGGGGUAUGCAACCCACUAGUGAUAAGUUAUUGUAUAAACAGUCUGUUUUAUACGUUAAAACACUCGUUCAUCUACUGCUGUACGGUAUGGCUAUUAUGUAUAAUUAUAUUAUUGUAUAUAGGCUGUAUAAAAAGAGUGCAUUUAGUAUUUUAAAUUUUAUUGUUUUAAGUAUUUCUGUGGUGCUUACCAUGAUUGCAUGGGAUAAUUAUUCUGAGAAGAAUAUAAAAAAAGUCAGACCGAUUGAAAAAACUUUCAUUUCUGUUUUAUUCUCACUGAUUUUAAUUAUCCCUGGGGUUUUAUUGGGGAAUUCAUGGCUGUCAUUUAUUGUGACUAAUUCACUUACGGUGUCUUUUGAGUAUCCAUUUAUGCUUUUAUCGCAUGCAUUCUUUUUCUUCAUAAGGUAUGCGUACCCAGAGAGCGACUUUAAGAGUGUUCUGAAUAUAAUCCCGGGUGUAAUUGCACUGGUUUCUUUAGUUGAGUAUGAAAUAUCUGCUGUGUGCAAAAAGAGAAAGAUAAGGGUUACUCCACUGUGCUUGUCUGCCACCACUGUUAUAACAGGGAUUUUUGUAUUCUUGUCUCUUUUAGUUGUUAUGUUUAAUAUAUACGAUAUGCAGAGUUUAAGCAUUUUCAAUAAUUAGUCAGUUUAUAUACGGUGAUUAAGUCCAUGAUACGUCAGUAUUUUAUUCUUUAUACUGCCUAAGUUAUUGAAUAUUAAAAUACAUAAAACAUACACGAAUAAAUCCA